GCAGGAGGCAGUCGAGCCACCAAGUGGGCGUGCAGCGACGGCAGAGGCGGCGGCAGCGGCGACAUGAUCGCGGGGGUGGCGGCGGUCGGGCAGCCGCCCCCCAGUUCGGGGCUCCCGGGCUCCCGGGGCGCGUCGCGCCUGCGUCCGCCCGCCAUCCUCCAGCCGGGACAGCCCGCCACGCAGGUUGGGCUCAGCGAGGCGCAGAAGCGGAUCGUGGACCUGGAGAAGAGCCUGCAGUUCCUGCAGCAGCAGCACUCGGAGACACUGGUCAAGCUCCACGAGGAGAUCGAGCACCUCAAGCGGGAGAACAAGGAUCUCCAUUACAAGCUAAUAAUGAAUCAGAGGCCAAAGAAAGGCAGCAUUUCUACUUCCAGCUUCCAGUCCAUCAAGUCCGUCUCAAAUUCGACCUCGUCAGCCAACUCUCAAGGAAAGGCCAGGCCCCAGCCCAGCUCCUCCAAGAAGCAAGACUCGAAAGCUGACGUUCCCCAGAAGAUGGACUUGGAUGAGGAAACCCCGGCUGGUGCUCUGUUUCACAACAGCAAGCUAGACAAAGCCCCAGGGGUGCGGGGGCAGGCCAAUGCCUGUUCCAGAGAUGAAGAUGCGGAGACCUCCAAUUCAGCAGCCACCUGGGUAGCGGGCAGCCAGCACAAGGGCAAGCAGCCCCCUGCCAUGAACCUGCCCCUGCCCCUGCGCAAGCCCACCACACUUCAGCAGUGCGAGGUGGUCAUCCGCCAGCUAUGGAAUGCCAACUUCCUGCAGGCCCAAGAGGUGAGGCUUGGGCAGAGGGGGCCCCGGUGCCCCCGUAGGGCCCGCCCAUUGCCUCUCUUCUCUCUGCCUUCCAGUUGCAGCACCUCAAGGCCCUCCUGGAAAGGAACCAGAGGCCCAAGGCUGCAUCCGAGGAGGCUGGCCCCAGAUCUCCCAAGGACCAGGAGGCCCUUCAUCAGGGAGCCAUGCAGUUCCCCAAGGUCCCCACCAAGGGCAUCCCCCAAAAAUGAGCGCUCCAUCCUGCCCGCGCUGAAGCAGACCCUGAAGAGUAACUUUGCUGAGCGGCAGAAAAGGCUGCAGGUGAUGCAGAACCGGCGGCUGCACCGCUCUGUGCUCUGAGCCGGGUGGCAUGUGUCUGCGCCUGCGCAGUGGGUCGGGGCCAGGCCAAUGACCUACAGCUGGGGACGCUAAUCCUCUCUAGCUAGCACUUCAAAAGAAUUUAGGCCAAGCGGAAUUCCAGAUAGGCAAAACUCAUGGCAGAUAAAGUACUUGGUUGGUCUCAGAACUGAGAAACUGUUUCUUUUCUUGCUCAGUACUUUGCUAUUCUGCAUCUACACAAAAACACAUUAUUAAAUAAGUAUUACCCUACCUGUUGAAGACUGGAAAUAAAGUUCGUUUAUUCACUUGUGA